UAUCGCGUAUUCCGCGAUUCGUGUCCAUUUCGCGCGACCGGAUUUGGAAGUCGACGUGCGUUUUCACAAAUCUAUAUAGGGGUAUCUCACGCCUUAGAUUUCUGCGGUUUGUUCACGUACUUCACAUAAAAAACGUGUGUAGAACAAGCGUCAACGCAAGAUGAUAUAAAAAUAAAAUAAUAAAUUGUAAAACCUUAAUUAUAUUUCUGUGACAAAAAAACAUGAUGUGGAGAUUAUCGACCUCGAGAAGAUUUCGCGAAGUGACUAGUUUGAAGGACGCGAAAAUCUCCGCUGCGCGCUCCGCCGUUAACACACAUAUACAAGAGCGAGCGACCGCGAUCGAGCGACCCGACCAGAAACACCAGAAUUCCGUAGCAGACAUGAUUGAAUGAUGGAGGUGAUUUCGACACGGCGAUACGAGGCCCGUCCACCGGCGAACACCCACUCUUCCAUUCUCGUUGACCCUGAGAACUCCGUGGCAUUAAUCAAAGAAGAGGAAUGGGAGACCCGCAAGAAAAAAGAGAUCACCACUACUCGACAAAUCGAGACCAGAGUUAAGCGUCAGGUCGUUCUCGAGGACGGCGAGGUCGUCGUCGACUCCGGGCCCCUCGUUACCACGAACACGACCGAAGACGUUGAGCAACAAGAGCAUACGACUCAGGAGAGACGCACGACCGGGGAUCAGCCGCAGGAGGUCGACUGGCGGCCGGCGGCAGGUGGUAUUGUGACCGGAAAUGGCGGCAACAUCGUGCAAAAGGAGCUCAACGAGACGGUGGUGCGGAGCCGCGAGGAGAUCGAGGAGAGACUCGAGACCGAGGAUCGUCAACAACUGGGAGAUAUCUCGGACGAGGCGUACCAGAAGGCGGUGCGUAGCAAUAGAGGCGAUUUGCGGGUCGCACUUGCCGAAUCCUCGAAACAGUUGGCGCCGCAGUCCGGUCCGCGGGUCAUUCAACACACGACUAGGUCAAACAAGGUCAUCGACACCGAGAAAACCUUGGAGAAAAAGGAGCUGAAGGCUGAUGGAUUAAUCGUUACCGAGAAGAAGCGAACGGUCGAGCACGAGGAGAUUAACGACGACGAGAUUCCGGACGACGGAAAGAACGACGACGCUUCCGAGACGAAGAAGGAAAGUUCUUCGAGGUACGUGAAGAAGCGGGAAGAAGACGUUGUAGACUACAUCUCGGCCGGCGAGAGAGUCGGCCGAGAAAUGCGCUACGUCGCGGAGACGAGCGAAGGGGAACGCAUAGGCGACUGGUCACCAUCACCGACGGGCAUGCGAACAACUCGUCUUCACAAGUACUCCGGUUUCCCGGACGCCGGUCGGAAAGACGCUUUGACGAAGAAACCAUUAGACUUGGAGGAAGAGGAUGAGGCGAGAAAAUUCGAGACGUCAAAGUGGCUCGAGAGCCACUUCGGCAGCGAUUCGCGUUCGUCUCACGGAUCUCUCGAUGCCGACGAAUCUCCUCUCCCGAGCACCAACACGAGCUACAUCAACGUUACGAUGAAAUCCUGCGCGGCGAAGGAACGGGAUUAUCAAAACGUACGGAGCUCCAGUCGAAAUCAACGACGGGCUCGAGAUUCGGAUUCGCCCACGGGAUACUUCCACGGUAUCAGCGAGUGGUCGGAAAGAUAUCAAGGAAAAGAAAAGCAAAAUCACGCGCGAUCAAGCUCGCCAGUUCGAUACGUGGACACUCCUCCUCGCGCCAACGGACACGCCCAGGGUCAUAAGAGAAAUCAAGUCGAAUCGUCGUACUCGAAAACUUACGAAUCUUUUCGACGCGAAUAUCAGGAUCCCAUCGACGAGAGACAACGUUCGCGCACACCGUCCCCGCCGAUUCGUCGGCGAUCGAAAGAACAAUGGGCGAAAUCCGAGGAGAAGAUCAAUUCGCACGAACCGUCGUCGGGACGUACCGCCAGUCCGGUGCACGUGGUGCAGAGAACCUGGGAAAGCCGUAGCCGCGACGUUCAGGCGCAAACACCCGAGCGCAACAAUCACAGAUCCACCUCGUCACGAUCGCGAUCGAUUUCGCCAAAACCGCCUACGCCGAGUCGCGAGGAGAAGAAAUCGGAUUCUCCACGAACGUCGAAAAGUGGCGGCUCCAAGUACAAGAUCGGCGAGUCCUUUCGGAAGCUGGUCGGCAAAUUGCGCUCGGCCAGCACGGAGAGGAAAAGCAAGCGAGGAAGCGGUUCGACUUCGCAAUUGACGCAAACGGACGACAACGGUCCGACUUAUUUGCAAUACAACGUAAUCGACAGAAACAUUCCACUUGUCAGUGAGAGGACAACUGUGGCGGAAGACAACAAACCACCGCCGGAAAGACCGCCGCGAUCGCCGCGAAACGCGUCCGGCAAAGUCGCAAAGACGAUCAACCGAACGUCCGAUCACGUCGUUCGGGAACAAUGGCAGCGCAGCGAGUCGACGCCACCGCCCUUGCAAAGAUAUUAUCUCGGCGAAGAUCCUUUCGGCGGCAGCAUCUACGGUCGCGAGAAGGGAUACGAGAACGACAGGGACCGCCAGCGACACGGAAGAUCGCGCGGUUCCGGUAAAAUUGCCGUAGAUUCCGAGCACAGCGUCGCCUCCGGCUCGCUCGGCAGGUUUAGCAAAUCCACCAGCAGACUGGCCGGCGAUCACGAACGGGAGGAACAAUUCCGCUCGACGCAGACGUUGCCGCGAAAUCUGCACUCCCACGGCGGCGGUGCGGACAGACACUCGUCGGCACGCGUGCAGACAGCGUCGCAGACCAGCAGACGACACCAGGCGCUCGGUCGACACGGCACACCCGGCAAAACCGGACAGCACAGUAGCAUGAUUAACAUAUCGAUCAAGAACACGGUGAGCACGACGUCGCCCAAGGUUAACGCGUACAGCACUCUUCAGGUGCCGGCGAAGCCCGAAAGAACGUACAAGUCCUCGCUGUCGCGCAGCAAGAGCUUCAACGUCGAGGCCGACAAGAACGACGUUGACGCACCUACACGCGCACCCUACACCUCGAACUUGCAACUUAACCGGCUGAACGAAACGCCGCCGCUGAAGAGCCCCGGUAUACUCGCCAGCAUCAGUCGUAGUAACAGAGACUUGUUCAGAGAUAAUAAAUAUUGAAAUCCCGCCAUUAGUGACGAUGAGUGUAAAAUCGUUUAUUUUACGAGUAACGGACCUCUUUUUGCUCUUACGAUCACUCGAAAGAAACGGGGAAGAGUAUGAAUAUAUAAAAAACUGAAUCUUUUUCGAAAAAUAUACUUUCAACAAAUGAGUUUAUUUGUUGAAAGAUUUUCACAUUAUCGCACGUUAAAUGUUUGAUGUGUUUCGCGAGAUUAAACAAUUAAUUUACGCGUGUUAAUGUGAAAUAUUGUCGACGUAAGUAAAUAAAAAGUAAUUGUGUAGACAAUUGUUUAAGAAAGUACACACUUAUGCGCUCGUGUGUAUGCAUUCCAGUUCUGCUGCCAGAAGAUUUGUAGCUACUUUACAUUAUGAUCUGCACUUGGACAAGAAAAAAAAGUGUUCUUUUUACAAACUGUUUAUAUAAAUUAGAUUUACAUAUAUGAGAAUUAAAGUCACACAUCAAAUGGAACUGAUAUAUUUAACAGUUAUUAUAACAAAUAUUGUUUAUUAUUAAAACUUUUUUUAUUUUAUAUUUUUUUCAACAUUUAUACGCGUGCCACAUAUUGUUAAUAACUAAAUUGCUGACAUUCUUAGGAAAAACUAUACGUGUGUGUGAGAAAGUCGUAUAACUGAUUUUGAUAUAACAUAGAGUCCCUAUAUGUGUAGACACAUAUACAUAUAUCAUAUUUAAGUUAUUAAUAAUAUUUAAGUAAAUAGAGACACGAUUUGUCACAUAUCAGUGCGAUAUUUAUAUAUUAAUUGAUUUACAGUAAUAUACGUAUAUAUAUAUAUCAAUUUUAUACAACAUUAAAAUGAGAAUUCAAAUAUUUAGUGAAUGUAUUUUUCUUGUAUAUUCUUACAUAUUCAUGAAAACCAAAAAAGAAGAAUAGUAAUUGAGAAAAAAGCAAUUAUAUAAGAUAUAAAAUAUUAUAUAAAAUAAAAAUAUUUGUAAAAAUCAAUUGUUACACAAAAAACUUAAUCUUAUUCACGAUGGAAAGGUAAUCUAAACGAUAUUAUCUCUGCCUAAAAAAAUAUAUAUACAUUGACACAUAAAUUGAAUAAAAAAAUAUAUAGUAAAAAAAAAAAAA